AUGGAGAUGCUUCCAGAUCCCGUUACUAACCUGCUUAAUCUACAAGUGCUUGUGCUCAAAUAUUCCAGAUCAUUAAAAGAACUACCAAGGUAUAUUAAGAAGCUUGUUAAUUUGAAGCAUCUUGUUUUCGACGAAAAUAUGGACCUUUUGACCCAUAUGCCAAAAGGGAUUGGGGAGUUGAAGUCCCUCCAAACACUGCCAACUUUUAUGGUGGGCAAGAGUAGCAGUAGUAGUAAUAACAAGACGGUCGGGGCUGGGUUGGAUGAGUUGAAAGGAUUGAAUGCAUUGCGUGGAGAGUUGAACAUAAAAAACUUGGUAAAUGCUGAGUUUCCAAGCACAGACGUUUAUGUCCUGAAGAAGAAGCUACAUCUUCAGUCCCUUAUUUUAGAUUGGAGCCCUCAACGUUAUGUAAGUGAUGAUGAUGACAAUGUUAGAUCUACAUCUACUCAUGCUGAAGGGAUAUUGGAAAUGCUCUGGCCACAUCCUAAUCUGAAAAAAUUGAUGAUACGUGGUGAUUAUUAUGGACUGUUGGAGCUCCCCAACUGGUUACCCAACUGGUUAUCUAGCCUCGUGAACCUGGUUGAGUUCUCACUAAUAGAUUGCCUGCAAUCCGAGCACCUUCCGCCAUUACAUCAGCUGUGGUGUUUGAAGAAACUAAAAAUUGACAACUGUCCAGAACUGAAGGGCAUCAAUAAUGAUGCUGACAGGGGUGAUCAUUGUGAUCCUUCUCCGAACAGCUCAACUACAGAGGAAAAGGAUGACGAAUUGCCCCACUUUCACUGUCUUGCCUACCUAUCCCUUCAGAAUUGCCCAAAGCUAACUCUGAUGCCCACUUUCCCAUCUAUUGAGGGUGAGUUAAGGUUGGUCUCAACGAGCUUAAAACCACUAGUGAGGACGAUGAAGAUGAGGAGAGGAGGACGACAAGUUGUUCAUUCAGAUGAAUACACCAAUUCUGCAUUUGAGGAAUAUGAUGAUGCAGAUACUGCUCUUCUUCCACGUCCUUCAUCUCACUUGGCCCUCCCACUGUCAAAGUUGACCGACUUGACCUUGAACGGAAUCGAUGAUGAUCUUGAGUUGCUACCUGGCGCAGAUUUUAGCAGCAGUUGUCUAAUCUCUCUUCAACAGUUAUGUGUUUGGAGCUGUUCACAUGGUCUGAAGCUACCUAGUUCGCUGUGCUCCAGUACAAGCCUGACGAUAAUAACGAUAGGUUGGUGUGAUAGGUUAGAGUACCUGCCACCCUUACAUGAACUCGUAUCUUUAAGGGAGCUAUUUAUUGAGGGUUGUCCGUCGUUGAAGGGAUGUUGGUGGAAGAAGAAGGGGAAUCAUGAUCAUAGUGACCCUUUAAUGGAGGAAGAGGAUGGCGAGGAGGCGGACGAGGAAGAGUGGCCCCAUUUCCGUUGUCUUUCGAGCUUGAAAAUAAAAGACUGCCCAAACCUGACUCAGAUGCCCCUGUUCCCGAACCUUGAAGUUGAGUUGAAGCUAUGGAGAACCAGCACAGAGGCACUAGUGCGAACAAUGAAGAUGAAAGUAGCGACCACAAAUCAUCAUGAUUCUCAGAAACAUACUUCUUCAGCUGCAACAAUGACGAACUCCUAUUAUUCUUCUUCUUCCUCGUCGUCUUGCACGGCCCUUCUCACUCCUCCGCUCUCUAACUUGACAAAGUUGUCUAUCCGGGGAAUCGAUGAGCUGCAUUAUAUUCCCGAAGAUGGCCUCCGCCACCUCACCUCUCUGCAAGACUUUGUGAUUAAGAACUGUUCAAGUUUAGCAUCGCUGCCUCCAGCAAUGCACUGCCUCACCUCUCUACAGACGCUGUACAUUCGGAGGUGUCCGCAGUUGGCAGAGCGAUGCAGGAAGGAGGAGGGUGAAGAUUGGCCCAACAUCUCCCACAUUCCCAACAUACUACUGGACGGAGAGGCUCUCCAGGAUUAUUCAGGUUUGGGUUCCUUAAAAAUGCAAUAUCUUUGCAACAAAUUUAGCUAG